GCCUCGGUGAAAAAAGAAGUACGAAAAUUCGCUCACAUGCUUCUUUCUCAACAUAUUCACCUGAGAAAACUAUUUCGAAACCUCCGUUGAAGCUACUGAAGAGAAGUCAAAGAGAAGUGAGAGAAGAAGGCAAUGGAGAGCAGUGAAGAAGAUGAUGACUUCCCAUCCAUUGAAGGCAUAACUCCUCAGUCCAAGAUCGAUUCUGUCUUCCAAUCUCACACUGAAAAGGGAAUUAGAAGACUAUGUUGUGAGUUGUUGGAUUUGAAAGAUGCGGUGGAAAACUUAUGUGGCAAUGUGCGAACAAAAUACCUGGCUUUCUUGAGAAUAUCUGAAGAAGUUGUGGAAAUGGAGCAUGAGCUAAGGGAGCUGCGAAAGCAUAUUUCUGGGCAAAGGAUCUUUGUUCAAGAUCUGAUGACUGGAGUUUGUCGUGAACUGGAAGAGUGGGUUGGAGGUAAUGGGAAUAUUGAUGAAUCUCAGCAAGACUCAGAAAUUUUUGAACUCCAAAAGCCUUUACCAAAUGAAGUUGAUGACCACAAGAUGAUUUUCUUGGAUAAACUUGAUGUUCUCUUGGCUGAACAUAAGGUUGAAGAAGCAAUAGAGGUUUUAGAUGCUGAAGAGAGAAACUAUCCAGAAUUGAAGGGUUCUGUUGAAGUUUCAUCAGCUGAAGCAUCCUCAUUUAAGACUGCUUUCUUUAAAAGAAAGGCUGUUCUUGAGGAUCAGCUGGUUAAUAUUACUGAACAGCCUUCAAUUGGUGUUGCCGAACUGAAGAAAGCCUUAUCGGGUUUAGUCAAACUUGGAAAGGGUCCUUUAGCUCACCAAUUAAUGUUGAAAUCUUAUGGGUCCCGUCUUCAAAGGAACUUAGAGGCUUAUCUUCCUUCAUGUUCUGUCUGUCCUAAAGUAUUCCCAGCCACAGUAUCUAAGCUUGUUUUUUCAACAAUCUCACUGGCAGCAAAAACUUCUGGUUCUAUAUUUAAUGACAAUCCUGUAUUUGCUAACAGAGUAGUUCAAUGGGCAGAGUGGAAGAUUGAAUUUUUUGUACGACUGGUGAAGGAAAAUGCACCACCUGCAGAAACAAUUUCUGCUUUACGUGCAGCCUGUGUUUGUGCUCAGGCAAGUCUUAACUAUUCCUCCAUGUUGGAAUCAGAAGGCCUGAAAUUGUCAAAGUUGCUUUUGGUACUCAUGCGACCAUACAUUGAGGAAGUCUUAGAGUUAAAUUUUAGACGGGCUAGAAAAAUGAUAUUCUACUUAGAAGAAAUUGAUGAAGGCUUGCCAUUUGCCCCUCAUUUUAUAUCUCCAUUAUCUGAAAUUGCAGCAGCAUCAGAUAGUGCGCUUGCCGAUAGUGGAAUGCGAUUCAUGCAAAUUGUCGAAGAUAUUUUGGAUCAGAUAACCCCCCUUGUUGUUUUGCAUUACGGAGGAAAUGUUUUAAGUAGAAUUUCACAGUUGUUUGAUAUAUACAUGGAUGCAUUAAAUAGAGCUCUACCAGGUCCCUCAGAUGACGACAAUCUUACAGAGUUGAAGGAGGUCAUACCCUUUCGAGCUGAGACAGAUUCAGAACAACUUGCGCUUCUAGGAAUAGCAUUUACAAUCAUGGACGAACUUUUACCUAAUGUUGUGUUGAAAGUUUGGAAUCCCAAGAAUGAGAUCAAAGAAGCUGGAGAUGGGAACGUUGUGCCUAAUGCAAGUACUAGCCCUGAACUAAAAGAUUGGAGGCGCCAUCUUCAGCAUUCAUUUGACAAACUCAAAGAUCAUUUUUGUCGGCAAUACGUUCUCACUUUCAUUUAUUCAAGAGAAGGCAGAACACGAUUAGAUGGACAAAUUUAUAUAAGUGGAAAUGAAGAAUAUUUACAAUGGGAACAAGAGCCUCUGCCUUCACUUCCAUUUCAGGCAUUGUUUGCAAAGCUUCAGCAGUUGGCUAUUGUGGCUGGAGAUGUGCUCCUCGGAAAAGAGAAGCUGCAGAAAAUUUUGCUUGCUAGAUUGACAGAAACAUUUGUCAUGUGGUUGUCUGAUGAACAGGAAUUCUGGGGCGUUUUUGAGAAUGAAUCAUCUCCUGUUCAGCCACUUGGGCUGCAACAGCUCAUUCUUGAUAUGCACUUCACUGUUGAAAUUGCACGUUAUGCGGGUUAUCCAUCACGCCAUGUACACCAAAUUGCAUCUUCCAUAAUCGCCCGAGCAAUCAGGUCCUUCUCUGCCAGAGGCAUAAACCCACAAAGUGUACUUCCUGAGGAUGAAUGGUUUGUCGAUACUGCAAAGUCAGCCAUACAUAAACUUCUGUCAGGAGGUUCUGGGUCAGAAGUAUCUGAUAUCGAUGAUGAGGAACAUAUCAUUUUAAAUGAAGACGAUGUCUCAAAUUCAGGUGACACAGUUUCAUCACUCUCAACUGUAGAAUCGUAUGAAUCUUUCGCUUCUGCAAGUAUGGGCGAACUUGAAAAUCCACACUUCACUGACCCCGAGACAUAAGUGUUUUAAGUUUUGCGUUCCUGUGAACUAUUAAAUGGAUCAUUUCUGGGAAAGAUUCUGCAUCUGGUGACAUGGGUUAGAUGUUGCCAAAAGCUACACAAAUCAAGAGGGGAAAUGUUGUAGUUGUAGAUGAUGAAGAUGAGUAGUUUGUAUGUUAUAUUAUUUGUGCAUGAAUAUAAUUUGUAACUGUUGUAUAAAAGGAGAUUAAAUUUUUUAUGAAAGUUCUUGCUCCUC